GAGGGGUUCGGAGAGAGGCGGAGACAAAGUUGGUAGGGCUGGUCCUGGUGUGGCACCAGACACCCGCCCCAGACUCUCUUUGCCCCUGGGGGAGUUGGGCACAUCUCUGGUCCUCUUCGUUCUCACCUCUGGUUCUCUUUCAGCUCGGAGCCAGGUGACCUUCCCUCCUAGCCCCUCCCAGCCCUGAGGGCACGAGACCCUCCCACUCUCCCCGGCCCGACCCUUCGUGGGUGCUCGAGUCGGUCGGAACCACUUUGACUCUCCUACGAGCCCGAGGAGCCCCGUGCCCCUGCUCCCCCUUAGCUCGUCCGGCGCGCUCACCAUGGCUCUCCCCCGGGCUCUUGCGCUCGGGCUGCUGCUUGCGGCCACGGCCGUGGCGGUGAGCUCGGCUGAGAAAGCUUGUUUCUGUGAAAAAAACAAGCUAACAAACUGCACUGAAAUAUCACCUGAUGAAUGCCGAUGUCAGGCAAUUGGUUCACCAAAUAUAAUCACCUGUUCAAAACUGGCUACAAAAUGUUUGGUGAUGAAGGCAGAAAUGACUAAUUCAAAGAGUGGCCGGAGGAAGAAACCAGAAGGAGCUUUUAAGGAUAAUGAUGGAAUAUAUGAUCCUGAUUGUGAUACCCAUGGUCACUUCAAAGCUCGCCAGUGUAAUGGCACUGAACUUUGCUGGUGUGUGAAUACAGCUGGAGUAAGAAGAACAGAUAAGGAUACUGAAAUAUCAUGCAGUGAGCUAGUAAGGACAUAUUGGAUCAUCAUUGAACUGAAACACAAAACAAGAGAAAAACCUUUUAAUGGUACUGUCUUAGGAAAUGCCCUCAAACAGGAAUUUGAGCGUCGUUAUGAAUUGAACCAAAAAUUCAUCAAAGAAAUUUUGUAUGAGAAUGAUAUCAUUACUAUUCACCUGAGGCAAAAUGGUACAGAGAAAAGCACUAAUGAUGUGGACAUAGCUGAUGUGGCUUAUUAUUUUGAGAAAGAUGUAAAAGGAGAAUCUCUCUUUUAUUCCAGUAAAAUUAAUCUUGAUAUAAAUGGUGAGAUGCUUAAUCUGGAUCCUGCUGAAACUAUGAUCUAUUAUGUUGAUGAAAAGGCACCUGAAUUUUCAAUGCAAGGACUAAAAGCUGGUGUUAUUGCUGUCAUUGUGGUUGUAAUUCUCGCCCUAAUUGCUGGAAUUGUCGUUGUGGUUAUAUCCAGGAAGAAAAGGAGGGCAAAAUAUCAGAAAGCCGAACUAAAGGAGAUGGGUGAAUUGCACAGGGAAUUCUCCACAUAACUACCAAAAUAUGAAGACAAAAAGAAGAAAAAAUAGAUAUUGACACUGUAUGUGUGGACAUGG